GGCCUCCAGGCCACUUUGCCGGCCUUCUCAGAAAAAGGCACCCUCCUGAUGCUGGCUUCUUUGGUCAUCUUGUCAGUCACUCCCUGUAUAUCUCAUCCAGCUUGUGUGAUGUAUGCAAAUAGGAGAUUCCGUGUGACAGCUUGAGAUUUACGCUGUGGGGCUGGGAUAGAGAGUGACGGGGCUGACUGACAGAAUGAAGGAGGCAGACAUGAACUGUCAGUAAAAAGGUUUCAUUAUUUCAUCUGGCUCCCCCUCAUGUAGGUAAAAGUAGUAAAGCUUCCUAGUGGAACAUGCCCAAAGAUGGGAACCUGUGUCCAAUAUUCAUGGGUGCCAUGUUCCCUUCAGCUCACUAUUUUAAUUCCAUCAUUGUGGGUCUAAAAGGAAGUGGAUUUCCUGUUGCCUAAUUCCUCUGGAUCUGUAGUAUUCAGCCUUUUCCGUAUUGGGCAUCCCUCCUCCCAGCUGAUCCCCCUCAGUUGUAGCCAGCGUCCUUGUCCCAUUAGCCAUAUAGGAAGAGUGGGGGAUGGCAACUCCCUGACACCUGUUGGUGUACUCACCCUGGUGUCGUGUCGUGACCCCCAGGUUGAGAACUCAUGCUUGGACUAAGUUUUUUAUCCUGGUGUGGAUACAGCCAGGACUGUAAAACAGCAGAUUUAUCUGGGUUAUUAUUUUUAAAGAAAUAAUCUGGUUAUUUGCCGUCUCAAUAGUCAAAAGCAGUAGAGAGUGAGUUGGGGGAAAAGAGGGAGGCUGUCCAUUAGGGCAGGGGUUCUCAACCUUUUGAUUUCUGAGGCCCCCACAACAUGCUGUAAAAACUCCCAUGUCCCGCUUGUCCCAUAACAACUGUUUUUCUGCAUAUAAAAGCCAGGACCAGCAUUAGGAGGUAGCAAUCAGGGCAACAGCCGGGGGGCCCCACACCGUAGGGGACCCCAUGAAGCUAAGUUGCUCAGGCUUCAGCUUCAGCCCUGGGUGGCGGGGCUCGGAGCCCUGGGUUUCAGCCCCAUUCCUUGGGGCUUCAGCUUUCUGCCAUGGGCCCCAGCAAGUCUAAUGCCGGCCCUGCUUGGCGGAACCCCUGAAACCUGCUUGCGGCCCCCCAGGGGGCUCCAUACCCCGCUGCAUUUAGGGUGUGGAAACCCAGCAAAUGUAGCGGACUUGCAGAAAAGGAGUCAGGUCAGACUAACUAGUCUAUACAUUUUGUGCUGUAUGACUGUAUGAUUAUUGCCAUUUGUGGUUUGAAGUCCCAGAUUGCGAAGUCCAAAUACAACACAUUCACGUAAGUCAGUUCUUGGAGAAAGCUACUUUGUUUGCUAGGUCUUGGGGAAGCAUGGUGCCUGAAGCCUAAACUCUUCAAGUGCCUGCAGGGAGAAAAACAGUGAAUUUUAAUUGCUCACAAUGGAUGUUCCAUCUCAGCUGCCUGAGAACCAUUAUGCUGCCUGCUCGGGUUUUAGUUAAGCCUCGCAUGUUAAGAGUGUCAAGGAUGGAUGUAUUUUUUAAGGCAGUAACAGUAACACAAAACUUAACUUUCUGUUUUAUUGUUGUUUAGUGGGGGCCAAAGGAAGUUAUGUCUCUUCCUUUAUGGACUCUUAGCAGCACAUCUCUAGAAGAUGAACAUCAAAACAUACCUGAGAAAAAACAGAUCCAUAUGCAGGAUUCUAAAUAACAUACACAAGACAUGUAACAGGUUGGGGGACUUUCAAAUGAGAAAAGUGCCCAUCUUCCUUAAUUCCUGUAACAGAGGACAUUUUGCUUCCUGCCUCUGCUGGGUGUAGCUGUUUGGGGCUAUUGGAAUUACAUCCACUGGACUAACCAGUGCAAUGAAUUUUUAUCAUACCGUAUUCGCCUUACAGCUAUGACCAGUGAGACGUCAAUCAGAAUUGGGCCCCAUUGUGUUGGCGCUGUGCAAACAGAUGGGGGAGUCGGUCCCUGCUCUGAAAACCUUUCAAUUUAAGAGAGAAAGAUUUGAAUGGGAUUUUUUUCCUUUGUUUUUUUUGUAUCAAUAGGAAAGUGAUUAACAGGCUUCUGAUUUAUUUCUGGGUAUGUGUAUGUCCAAGAGGUAUAUUUUCUACAAGAAACCUCUCCUUUAUAGUGUUUCUUUAUAACCACUUGUAAAUGUACCAGAACCCCGUGCUGGUGACAGUCCUGCCUUCAUCAUGCGUUCAUCCCAGGUGUCACUUCUGUACCUGUUAGUAUAUUUAGAUAUCCUUCUCUUGCUAGUGCUUUUAAGGAUACUUGUGGGAUGGAGGCGAAUAUCUUUAGAAGACCCAUAAAAUGGAGAUAAAGUCUCAUAGGGGCAAUAAGGGGUUGCCAGAUUAGACUCAGCAGGAGCAUGUAAGCCCAGGUGAUGAGAUCAUUUACAAAUUACUAAUUCUUGAGGUUUGUCUCUGUCCAUUCUGGCUUCAGGUGUCUCACCAACAGUGUUCCCACUAAUUUUUCCCACGCAUGUGCAGAAUUUUAUGUGCACCAAUAUGGAGGCAGGUCUGGGACUGGGGGAGAGGCUCUCUCCCCUCUGCAGCCCUGAGUGCCUGUGUGUUGCUUAAUAGGCUGCUGCAGGGCCGCGCUGCUUAGAGGGAACUUACUCACCAAUAUUAGUGUCCCAUGUCAUCCACAUAUCUGUACCUACACCUUCCCUCAGGUUGUAGUUGUCUCCUUUCUCCUCCAAAGGGCCUGGCCGCACAAGUAUAACAGACCAUACUUUUGUAAGCAGUUUGCAAAACUCUUAUUUGACAUGGUUACAGCAACAUGGUUCUUGGAGCACUACCUGUACCAGUAACAGUGUCUAGCCACAGUGCGUUCCGGGAAGAUGUGGGCAGGUAUGCCAUCUGACUUUAUAAUGGAUAGAGUACCUUGGAGGAUAUGUGCACAGAAUAGCACCAGCACUAUAUGGGUUAGAGGACAUCCUAUGUCACAGAAUGCUGAGAGGAGGGACUGGCCAAAUAGUUAUGCAGGCACGGUUGGGGGAUCCCAUCUACAUUGCAAAAACCCAGUGUUUCACACUGGUUACAGGAAGACAAUUUGAUAGCUUAGGCCUCUGGCAAGCGCAAUACACCGUUAGCUGCUAUAGUUAACCACAUUAUGUGUGAUACAAGCUGUGUCCAGAGCCAACCAUGUUACUAGCUGUUUACAAACUCAGUUAAAAGCUAUAGAGGGGGUUUAGAGGCAGUCAGUACUCUAUAAAUGCUGUGUUGAGCUGUCAGGAUAAUGAAGGUCACCUGCUGUCAGGCAAUCAGAAGUCCAGCUGAAUUCCAUUAGCACAGACCUGCAAGAGUGGGUGGAAUUCCUAGCUCUGCAGGAGUUCUUCUCCCUGGGCCCUGCAAGAUCCAUUUGGCAUCUUUGGAAUACAAAUAUACACUGAUCUACUGGGCUUUCAGGAUAGCUGAGGUGACCCAUAUGUCAUUGAGCUGUUCAUUUAGCCCAAUGGGGUUUUCCCUAGGGGAGAAAUUGGGGCAGGUGCUUCUGGUCAGAGAGAUUUGACCUUUUGAGCCUGUAGAGUAGUGGUCCCCAAAUUUUUCAAGGUCAUGUCCCCCCUUACACCUGUUGGUGCCUCCUCCCUUUGGGGGCCAAGAGUGGGGCGGCAGGGUAAGGAGGCAGAGUUUGGGGCUGCAGCUGAGGGUUGGGGCGAGAAGAGAGAUGCAGUUGGGGGCUGGGAGCCAGGGUCAUGGCUGGGGGUAGGGCCGAAGCGGGGCUGGGUGGCGCUCCCUCCUCACCCCUCAUGGUGGCUAGUCUGGUCCCUGCUGCACGCCCCUCCCCCCCCAAUGUUCCUCCCUGCCCCCACAGUUUCGGGACCUCUGCUGUAGAGCCUCUUGCAUGGGGAGAAGUACUGAGCAUUGUCAGAAGUCUAAUGUAAAUGGAAUGGGGAAUUUUAAAAAGCUUUUAGUCUCUCUAGCUGAAAUAAAUAGCUCAGUUUGUUCAUAUGAAAAUGCAGAGUUGUUCGUUCUUUGGUUCCUCUUUUGUAUUCCAACAGGGACACUUGGAGAGACCGGGUAUUCAAAUACCUGUCCUUCUACAGCAUAAAUAAACCUUGAAGUUUUUUUGUAGCUGUGGGAGGGACAACUCAGUAUAAUAAAUAUAGUGGGAGACUGCUGAAAUUAAACAUGUUAUAAAACAUUGCUAGGCAUAUAAUCAAAAAUGAUCCAUGAUCCUUUCAGUCAUGUUUCAUAAGUUUCCAUAACUUACCUAAUCAUCCCUCCCACCAAAAGCCCCGUACCGGUGCCAUACUGAUUCAUCAGAAGUUCACUCUUAAACAUAUCUAAAAUGAUAGCAAUAAUUGGGGUGAAGCAGGCCUUCUGAUGGUCUGUUUAUUUUGCAGAUGUGGGAAGAAUAUCCUGAUGUUUAUGGGGUUAGGAGAUCAAACCGAAGCAGACAAGAACCAUCGCGAUUUAAUAUAAAAGAAGAGGCAAGUAGUGAAUCUGAAAAUGAAAGCCCAAAAAGAAGAGGCCAGAAGCAAAUGAGAAAACCAGGUAAAUGGAAAAGGGAGGCUUCUGGGGAAGAGGAGGAUGAAAACGGUGCGGAGCAAGGCUCCAGUGCAGAAAGUGAACCAGAACAGAAGAAAGUUAAAGCCAGGAGACCAGUCCUGAGAAGAGCAGUGGUCAAAGCCAGUGUUAAAAAGCCCCACAAGCCCCAGCGUGGUAAGAGGAGAAAGAAACAAGACUCGUCUGAAGAUGAAGAUGAUGAUGAAGACGAUGAGACUCCCAAAAGGCAAACCCGGCGCAGAGCGGCUAAAAAUGUCAGUUACAAAGAAGAUGAUGAUUUUGAGACGGAUUCCGAUGACCUGAUUGAGAUGACCGGGGAAGGGGCCGACGAACAGCAGGACAACAGCGAGACCAUUGAGAAAGUCAUGGACAUCAGGGUUGGAAAGAAAGGAGCCACUGGUGCUUCUACCACUGUGUAUGAGACUGAGGCCAACGGCAACCCCAGCGCUGACUUUGACCCUGAAAAGGAUGAGGGAGAGGUUCAAUACUUGAUCAAGUGGAAGAGCUGGUCGUACAUUCACAGCACGUGGGAGAGUGAAGAGUCCCUGCAGCAGCAGAAGGUGAAGGGCCUGAAAAAACUAGAGAACUUCAAGAAAAAAGAGGAUGAAAUCAAACAAUGGCUAGCCAAGGUAACUCCUGAAGAUGUGGAAUACUUCAGCUGCCAACAGGAGCUUGCUGCAGAGUUGAACAAACAGUAUCAGAUAGUGGAGAGAGUGAUCGCUGUGAAGACCAACAAGUCUGCAAUGGGACAUUCUGAGUUCCCAGCUCACAGUCGGAAAUUGUCCUCUAAUGAGCCUGAAUAUUUGUGCAAGUGGAUGGGGUUGCCGUAUGCAGAGUGCAGCUGGGAAGACGAGGCCUUGAUUAGCAAGAAAUUUCAACACUGCAUUGACAGCUUCAACCAUCGCAACAACUCCAAAACCAUUCCCACUCGGGACUGCAAGGUGUUGAAGCAGAGACCCAGGUUUGUUGCUUUGAAGAAACAGCCUUCUUACAUUGGUGGCGAGAACCUGGAGCUCCGAGAUUACCAGCUGGAGGGGCUCAACUGGCUUGCUCACUCGUGGUGCAAGAACAACAGCGUGAUCUUGGCUGAUGAAAUGGGCUUGGGGAAGACUAUCCAGACAAUAUCAUUUCUCUCCUAUCUCUUCUAUCAGCAUCAGCUGUAUGGCCCCUUUCUGAUAGUGGUGCCCUUGUCUACUCUGACUUCGUGGCAGAGGGAGUUUGAAAUCUGGGCACCAGAGAUUAAUGUGGUCGUUUACAUAGGAGACAUGAUGAGUAGAAAUACGAUCCGUGAAUAUGAGUGGAUCCAUUCUCAGACUAAAAGGCUGAAGUUCAAUGCACUUAUCACAACAUAUGAGAUCCUCCUCAAAGAUAAGACUGUUCUGGGCAGCAUUAAUUGGGCCUUUCUGGGUGUGGACGAAGCCCAUCGGUUGAAGAACGAUGACUCUUUGCUGUAUAAAACUCUGCUUGAUUUCAAGUCCAACCACAGGCUCCUGAUCACUGGGACCCCGCUUCAGAAUUCUCUCAAAGAGCUCUGGUCACUGCUGCACUUUAUCAUGCCGGAGAAGUUUGAGUUCUGGGAGGAUUUUGAAGAUGAUCAUGGGAAAGGGAGAGAGAAUGGCUACCAGAGCCUUCACAAAGUCCUGGAGCCUUUCCUUCUGCGCAGGGUGAAGAAGGAUGUGGAGAAAUCCCUGCCGGCCAAAGUGGAGCAGAUUCUCCGGGUGGAAAUGUCUGCCCUUCAGAAGCAGUAUUAUAAGUGGAUUUUGACAAGAAAUUACAAGGCUCUCUCGAAGGGGACAAGAGGAAGCACGUCUGGCUUCCUUAACAUUGUGAUGGAGCUGAAAAAAUGCUGUAACCAUUGCUAUCUCAUUAAACCUCCGGAAGAAAACGAAAGGGAGACUGGCAUGGAAAUGCUGAUGUCUCUGAUCAGGAGCAGUGGAAAGCUAAUUCUCUUGGACAAACUGCUGACCAGGCUGCGUGAGAGAGGUAACAGAGUCCUGAUCUUCUCCCAGAUGGUGAGGAUGCUGGACAUCUUGGCAGAAUACUUGGCUAUCAAGCACUACCCUUUCCAGCGCUUGGACGGCUCAAUCAAAGGGGAGAUCCGAAAGCAAGCUCUGGAUCACUUCAACGCAGAAGGCUCUGAGGACUUCUGUUUCUUGCUGUCAACACGAGCUGGCGGACUGGGAAUUAACCUGGCUUCUGCAGACACUGUGGUUAUCUUUGACUCGGACUGGAACCCCCAGAAUGACUUGCAGGCUCAGGCUCGGGCUCACCGAAUUGGACAGAAGAAGCAGGUGAACAUUUACCGCUUAGUCACAAAGGGGACAGUGGAAGAGGAGAUCAUCGAAAGGGCUAAGAAAAAGAUGGUGUUAGAUCAUCUGGUGAUCCAGCGUAUGGACACCACGGGCCGUACUGUACUGGAUAACAACUCUGGGAGAUCCAACUCAAAUCCUUUCAACAAAGAGGAGUUGACAGCUAUUCUGAAGUUUGGAGCUGAGGAUCUCUUCAAGGAGAUUGAAGGGGAAGAAUCGGAGCCACAGGAAAUGGAUAUUGAUGAGAUUUUACGCCUGGCUGAAACACGAGAGAACGAAGUGUCCUCGAGCGCCACGGAUGAGCUUCUGUCUCAAUUCAAGGUAGCCAAUUUUGCAACCAUGGAGGAGGAAGAGACUGAGCUGGACGAGAGGUCCCAGAGGGACUGGGAUGAUAUUAUUCCUGAAGAGCAAAGGAAGAAAGUGGAGGAGGAGGAACGACAGAAGGAGUUGGAAGAAAUCUAUAUGUUGCCCAGAAUCCGCAGCUCCACUAAAAAGGCUCAGGCAAAUGACAGUGAUUCUGAUGCUGAAUCAAAGAGAAGGAUACAAAGGUCAUCUGGAUCAGAGAGUGAGACGGACGAUACCGAUGACGAUAAAAGGCCGAAGCGCCGGGGGCGCCCACGGAGCGUUAGGAAAGACACGGUGGAAGGAUUUACUGAUGCCGAAAUCAGGAGGUUUAUCAAGGCUUAUAAGAAGUUUGGGCUUCCACUCGAACGGCUGGAGUGCAUUGCUCGCGAUGCCGAGCUGGUGGACAAGUCCAUAGCUGAUCUGAAACGUCUAGGGGAACUUAUUCACAACAGCUGUGUGUCGGCAAUGCAGGAAUAUGAGGAGCAGCUGAAAGAAAACCCCGGUGAGGGGAAAGGGCCUGGGAAAAGGAGGGGUCCUACCCUCAAGAUCUCUGGUGUCCAAGUCAACGUGAAAUCCAUCAUCCAGCAUGAAGAAGAGUUUGAAAUGCUGCACAAAUCCAUUCCCACGGACCCGGAGGAGAAGAGAAAGUACUGCCUGACCUGCCGCGUCAAAGCUGCUCAUUUUGAUGUAGACUGGGGAGUGGAGGAUGAUUCUCGUUUAUUGCUGGGAAUUUAUGAACAUGGCUACGGAAACUGGGAGCUAAUUAAAACGGACCCAGAACUGAAGUUAACUGAUAAGAUCCUACCUGUUGAGACAGAUAAGAAGCCUCAGGGAAAGCAGCUCCAGACCCGUGUCGAUUAUCUGCUGAAAUUGCUGAAGAAAGAUCUGGAGAAGAAGGAAACCGUGAAAGAUGGGGAAGAGACCAAACUGAAGAAGAGGAAACCACGCGUGAAGAAAGAGAACAAAGCUCCCAAAGUCAAAGAUGAGCAUGGAAAUGACCUGUCCUCUCCUCGGCACUCGGACAACCAGUCAGAAGAGGGUGAAGUCAAGGAGGAUUGCUUGGAAAAGAGCCCAGUGAAAAAGAAACAGAAGAAGAAAGAGAACAAAGAGAACAAGGAAAAACAGUCAACCACAAAGAAAGAAAAGGAAGGCGAAAAAGAGAAAAAGAAAACAAAGGAUAAGAAGGAGAAGGCCAAAGGUAGUGAGACCAAGUCUGGAAGCAAAGGGAAGCGAUCUCAAGGUCCUGUCCACAUUACAGCAGGGAGUGAGCCCAUCCCCAUUGGAGAAGAUGAGGAUGAUGACCUGGACCAGGAAACGUUCAGCGUAUGCAAAGAGAGGAUGAGGCCAGUGAAAAAGGCACUGAAGCAACUGGACAAGCCAGAUAAGGGACUGACAGUGCAAGAACAGCUGGAGCAUACUCGCAACUGCCUCCUGAAAAUUGGCGAUCGCAUCUCAGAGUGCCUUAAAGCCUACUCUGACCAGGAGCACAUCAAACUGUGGAGAAGGAACCUCUGGAUAUUUGUGUCCAAGUUCACAGAAUUUGAUGCCAGAAAAUUGCACAAACUCUACAAAAUGGCUCACAAAAAAAGAUCCCAGGAAGAGGAGCAGGAGCAGAAGAAGAAGGAAGACAUGGCUGGCAGCAAAAGGCUAUUUCGCCCAGAGCCUUCUGGCUCCAGCCGGGAUUCCCUCAUGUCCCAGUCUCACCUGCCUCCCAAUCCUCAUUCUCAAAAACUCCACCUGCCCCCCUCGCACCCUCAGCAGAUGCACGGGCACCAGCGGGACAACUACAGUCACCCUAACAAGAGACACUUCAGUAACGCAGAUCGAGGAGACUGGCAGAGAGAUCGGAAAUUUAACUAUGGUGGCAACAGCAACCAGGUCUGGGGUGGAGAGCGGCAUCACCAGUACGAGCAGCACUGGUACAAGGAUCACCACUACGGGGAUCGUCGGUCUCGUGGCGACCCUCACCGAAGCUCCGGGAAUUACCGACCAAAUAACCUCUCCCGCAAGAGGCCGUAUGAGCAGUACAACAGUGACCGAGACCACAGGGGACACAGAGAUUAUUACGACAGACACCAUCACGAUUCCAAGCGGCGAAGAUCUGAGGAGUUCAGGCCCCAGAACUACCACCAGCAGGAAUUCAGAAGAAUGUCUGAUCACAGGCCACCCAUGGGAUACCACGGCCAGGGACCUUCGGACCAUUACCGGUCCUUCCAUACAGACAAAUCGGGGGAUUACAAACAACCGCUUCCCCCUCCUCACUCCCAAGUCUCGGACCCUCGCUCACCCCCGUCUCAGAAAUCCCCUCAUGAGUCCAAGUCACCCCUGGAUCACAGGUCGCCCCUGGACAGGUCAUUAGAACAGAAAAACAAUCCAGAUUAUAACUGGAAUGUUCGAAAAACAUAAAGCGACUGGGAGAGGAGGGAGAGAGCGCAUCCGAAAUACUUGGUCUGAUGCAACAGCGGCUGCUUUUCCAAACCGCUAACCGGAGACUCUGAACAUGCUGCUAUUGUCUUGCUGGGUGAAGGAGGAUUUGGGGGAGUGGGCGGGGGCUCUCCCCAGCUGUUAGUUCUGGUCUGGAUUCCUUUUUCAUAUCCCCCUUCUCCAGUCUGGCAUUGGAACUGGAUCCAUUGCCCGCAGGGGGGAACAGGUGUCAUUCUUUGCUUUAGUUUUGUUUUUCGUUGAAGGCUGCAUCCGACAGACUCUUGUGAAUGUUUCACAGCUGCGGAGCUUUCCCCAGAACCAAGAACGUGGAUUGAUGCUGCUUAAGACUUUGUAGACAGCUUUGUAUGCCCAGUCUGACGUGACGUUACGUGACACAUGCUGCUGUGGGGUGGGCAUAACCCAGUCAGGCUGGGGUUUAUGUGUAACCAGUGUGUGGGUGGGAUGCAUUUGGAGAUGGACAGGAGGGCUCUCUUAGAGUAAAUAACUGACCCUGCUCUUAUGGUCCUCUGAGAGGAAGGGGGAACUUGGGGCCCCUCCAGAGUGACUCAAAAAGGUAGGAGUGGGAAUCCAUCACUUCCCUGCCCACGUGGCCAUUUCUCAUGUCUUGAUCCAUUUCAAGAGACUAGUUCUGCUUUGUGCACUAUCAUGCUCUCUCUGCAGCACAGACAGGGACGUAGGAAACAUUCACCUCGGUAAUCUUAAAACAGGUGGAGGUCCUCAAUAUUCAGAGUCCCUGAGCAGAGCCUUAAUUCCCCCUUCAAACUAGUGAGACGGGAAAUGGCAGUUACAGUAUUUCCCAGUGGAAGGGGCUCAGGAAGCCGUAACACAAACUCUCUUGCCCCAUUUCUCUGUCGCUGCUGCUAAUAAGGAUGUUCCUUAUGUAGUCGUAUUGGCUGGAAGCUGAAUGGUUUGUGGUGGAGGAAUGGCUCUGGGAGUCAGGGAUCCUGGCUUCUAUACUCCUCUGCUGCUGACCUGCUCUGACCCUGGGGCAAAUCACUUCUCUGCACUUCAGUUUGCCCAACUGGAGAAUGGUGAUCCCAGUCUUUACUCCUCCUUGUAGUACAUUUUGGGUAAGAAGCUGUAUGCUGGGCUUGGCGAGGGCACCAUGCAGAGCUAAAUGUGAAUGCAGUUGGCUGUCUGGGGUUUUCCAUGCAGAGCUCUAUCUUCGCACAAAGCAGUGAGCUGGCCACCUACCUGCCAGAGUUCCAGUGAUCUGUGCUAACUCUAUGAGGAGAGGAAAGUAGCUGCAUUGAAUGAACUUGUGUAUCCUUAAAUUGGGAGCUUGCAUAAGCGCUCCGCACUUACAUUUCUGGUGAGCAGUAGACCAAGGAGAACCCUAAACUUUCAGUGUUUAAAAUCCUCGUAGCAGCCCCUCCCCCCCAGUCAGUAGAUGUUUAAUGAGCCCAAGAAGGCUAAGGGGAGUGGAAUGGUUUGCAGCCAAAUGAACAGGCUUCACUGCAAACAUUCAUCGAAGUGUUAGGAUCGCGGUGCAGCGUGAAGGGAUGAUGUCCCGCACGGAGGGAUUUGCCAGAACACUUCCACUAAGUCAGGAGUAGCCAAAGCACUUGCCACAUGUAGAGCAGGAGGAGUUCCUAAUUUCAGCUCCAUCAUCUUUACUAUGGCGUCAAGGCGCAUGGAGACUGCAGGUCCCUAAUGCCAGGCUCUGCCUUGAGGUGAGCAACCAGGCCAUUCAGAUUAAAUUGGCACAUUUCAGGUCGGGACCUGUAGUCUGUGCGAACUGCAACUGUGUACUGAAGACAAGGCCAGUGGCAAACUGCUCAAUUUAAUGCAAAGGGUGCAGAGCUUGGGUUCCUGAAAAGGUGGUGGGGUUACCCUCAUUUGGGCAAAAUGAGAACACACUUCCCUUUAAAGGCCCGAGAUGAGCUGGAUUUUUAAUUUCCUGCCUGUGUUUUACUGGUAAAUUAUCUUGAAUGUGCAGAGCCCAGAGUAAGGACCAGAAUGGCCUUCGGGAAGAAUUUCCCUGUGGCGCUUGUAGGGGUGAACAGCCAUAUACAUCCAAAGCAGCUGAGGCGCCUGCCCAAGCGAGGGAGCUGACUUCCUUCCUACUGCGUCUUCCUGAAUGAAUGUAGGUCACAAUUAUUGUUGGAGACCCCGGGGCGGGUGCUUAUGACAAAGGCCCUGCCUGCUUGGAGGUGAGGCCGUUAAGGCAGGUCUCGGUUGAGGCAAAGGUGUUAACUCUUCCGUUGGCAGUUUGGAAGGUACACGCAAAUCAACACUAAUAAUGCCCAAGCUUCCUGUCUGCUUGGUGCUGACGGGAUGAAGUCCCUGAAAUCUGUUACGAUCAUUGUAUGCUUGAUCCAUUCUGAGCCGAUUGGUUUAAUGAGGGUAUCUCUGUCCCAGGAGAUCAUUCAAAAGCAACCAUGGUUUGCUGCAAAUGGGAACAGUGUGAUUCUGGGUCACAGUGACAUAUGCAUAACCUGUGUACAAAAGUUUGUACACCCAGCGGGGUGGCUGUAUCCAACUCUUCCACCCCAUUAAUUUAACCCCUUCAGUGUCAAGGGACAUGCCGAGCAUGACCUUUAUAAGAGGUCUGGCCGUGUAGCCCAGUGGGUUGUAUGUCCUGUCAGUGGCACCCAGAGGCAUCUCAGAACUAAGCCUAAGGAGGAUUUAGGAGGGUACCGAAAUGUGGCUGUUUGGUGGCAGGGGAAAUGCUGUGCUUCCCAUUCUUUGAGCUUUCCACAAAACUAAACAGAAGCAAAGUGGCUUUGCUUGCUACAAGGGAACCAGGACUGGCAACCUCAUGCUGCACUGAUGCCUCUUCCAGGGCACUGCAAGAAUUUCUCUGCAAUAGAAGGAAGGGAGUGGGGACUAGCCCCCAUGUCUUUCCCCGUUUCAUAGUGGAGGGCAGAGAUAGUGUCUCUCCCGGCAUGUUUUCAGUAAGCUGCGAUGUCAGGUGGACACUAUCAUGUUCACAGUGGGUCCUUUCUUUUCAAAUAGAGGUGUUGGCUUAUAAUGUGAAUACUAAAUUCACCUCCUUGCCAGGAGGAGCAAAGAGCGAUUUACGUUGUUUUUCAUUCACAUUCAUGAAAUCCUAACAAAAUGUUACGUGCCAUAAAGUUGUAGCAAAAGGCAGUACUGGCCAGACCAGUGUUACGGUUGGUGCAAAACAACCAUAAGCCCAACGACGGGUUUGCUGCAUCCGAAUCAAGGGGCUUGGCCUCCAGGGGUUCCAAUCAGUAUGAAAAGUAUUUUGGUUUUUCUUAAAACAGAAGGAAACAAAAAAUGCAAAUGUGAAAGCUUUGUCCACAUCCUUUUGAGUUGCACUUGGAAGUCAUGUAGGCCUCAUGCUAAAGGAAGGAUUAUUUUGAGUUCUGUCAUGGUGGGUGGAUCUUAACUGGCUUUGGUUUUACGGAAGCUGGAGAAAUCAAAUCUGAGGGAAAUAAUCCCUUCCCACAGGCACGCACCCUGUGUCCCAAAUAAGGGACCACAAAAUCAACCAUUGGAAAUAGGCAGUUGAAUGACAAUGGGGGUGGGAAGGGGACAGCCCCACAGCCAUAAAUUUCAGUGUGGUGUUCAUGUCAACGUGUGGUGCAGCUGCUCCCACUAAGCCAGCCAGUGAAUUGCUCUCGUCUCACUGAAGGGAAAAGUUGCAACGUCUUGGUUUGGUUUUGGUUUAUUUCAGCUGUUCAGAGUGACAUCACAAACCCCAUUGGAAACCGUGUAAAAAUUGCAUCACUUAUGAAUUUGCACCAGAACACAAGUCCCACAGACCAAAAAUCUGCUCUCCACAGGUGGUGUUGGGGCAGUGCCCAGCUUCAGUGGGUACUUUACAGCUCUUUGAGAUCUUUACAUGAACUUUAAGUGAUCCAAAAAAAAAGUACUAGUCUACUUUCAUCCAUUUCCCCCGCACCUUCCCCUGAGCAAAGGGGGAGAAGGACUCUUACUGUAAAAUUGUGGACUUUUAAACCUGUUGACUAAAACAGUAAUUAAUAUUAAUUUAUAUUUGUGAAAAAAAUGCCACUGUCCUAGUGAUUUCUGAUGUAAAUAUGUUGUUUAUAUAGUAUGUAUUAAAUUUUCCUACACUGUAAAACUGCUGUACUUUUGAUUCUUGUAUAUUAAAAAGUGUUACUGAGAUUUUCA